AUGAACGAAGCGGUUUCUUUUACAUAUUCAGGUGACAAUAGUGAAAUUCUAAUUCCUGAUGAUGAUGAUGAUGUUGAUGUUGAUAACGAUAAUGACGACGACACCAACACGAUAUUUGAUCAAAACUGGGAGUUGGCCGGAGCAUCUAGCAACACUGAAGUGCCUGAAGACUUGAACGAUUGUGAAAGUGACUUUAGUGGGGAUGAAAUGGAUGAUCCCAAGAAGAAUCGUACAGCUCGUGAUCUCACCUUUGUAAUGCCUAGUAGAAGAUACCUAGCAAACUAUGUUCAGGAUGCAUCGUGCCUGAACUUGGAGAUGGUUGCCCGACACCUACUGAACAAAGUCGAUGAUGUCAUUACCGUUGGGCUAGACGAUACAACAAAGGCAGCCGGACACAGAUUAUUCGACAUCAAAACUGACAGUAUCACAAUCACACAAGCCUCUGGCGAGAAAAGGUUGCUCACAACAGGUUACCUUGAAAACGCUUCACAUGCUGGCAAAGCAGGGGCAGAAGCUUACAACUUCAAACUACAGUGCCUCGCUAUAUUAGCUGGUUCAAGCUUCCAGCCGAAUCGCUUUGGCCGAAUUUUGGAAAUCGGAAACGAGUACCUAAAACACAGAGAUGCACUCAACGCCUUCUUCGAGGCUGUGGUGGAUGAAAAUGCAAACAAACUGGUACUGGCAGUAUAUACCUUUAUUUCUAAUCCAUGGUUCAUUUGUUGCAGUGAAAUCUACUCCUUCUUAGGUGAAAUUCUAAUUCAUCCUCUAAUGGAGUUGCUGGGAAUCGAUGGUCGGGGUCCAGGAAAACAGAGUUGGACAGAUGUCAAAAUCUUCUUUGAUCAGAAAAUACCACAUCUUCAAAAAUUACAGGAUCAAUUCUCACAGACCGUAACUGGUAAAGGAAGCCUGAUCGGAGCCAUAUUGACAGAAGUUAUUGAAUCACUAAAACGUCAGCUUUCAGAAAUGGACUUUUUCCAGAUCCAAUCAGCAAAAACUAUCACAGUGAAUUUAGAAAAGCUACAGCUUGCUCCACUGCACAACCUCACAUGUGAAUCCAGAUUUGCUAAACUCAACAACCAAGUUGCAGCUUCUGGUGGCAUGACCACAGUGAAGACCCAUUCAGACAAAAGCAUCAUUUCAACCAAUGGUCUUCUAAUCAAUGAAGAAUUCACAUCAUUAGAUGAAACUGAAAAGCGCCUGAGAUGGAAGUGGGGACGAACAUCCCAACCGGUCCAAGAUGUGAAACAGUUGGAGAAAGACUUCUUGGCGACCGUGAAAAUGGCAAAACGGUUAGCACUACUGAAGAAAGAAGAGCUGAAAAGAAAACGAAACGAAAAAAUGCUGAAGGUUUUGGAGUCAUGCAAGACACAUAUAGGAUCAGUAACACCGACAACGAUUAACCUGCUUGACAGAUUAACAGAGAGUCAACUCAUCACGGAAAUAUGCUAUAUACGUCUUACAAUCUGCCCAGAUAUACACCAAAAACGACGAAUAAAAUUACCAAAUGGUCAUUUCAAAUUUCAAACAUUCUCCAAAGCAGAACUCAAGCAAACCAUCAUUACCGUUAUCAAGCCCGGAAAUAAUGUUGUGGAGAAUAUUGAUGAAAUCGUUAAAGACGCUCUUAAAUCUCAUUAG